AUACUUUUCUGUAAAUAUUAUAAAAGAUGUAUGUUUAUACCAACAAUUUUAGUACAAAGCUGAAAGUGAGACAAGAAACAACUGAAGCGCCGUCUAUUAUUUCAUUCAUUCCAGCUCAGUUGAGAUUUUGAUUCUAAUAUUUUUAUUAUAUAUUUAUCAUGGGACGUCGCAAGUCAAAGCGUAAGCCGCCACCACGUCGGAAACUUAUCAAGAAUAUGGAAAAGCAGUUUAAUUGUCCGUUCUGUAAUCACGAGAAAUCCUGUGAAGUCAGUUUAGACAAGCGCAAAAAUGUGGGUCGAAUCACUUGUCGUGUUUGCAAGGAAUACUUCCAGACACCGAUUAUAUCUCUAUCAGAGGCAAUCGAUGUGUAUAACGAUUGGAUAGAUGCCUGUGAGCAAAUUAAUUAAACCAACUAUUAUCACACAAUAUUUAUAUUUACAA